CACUUAAUUUAAAAAAGUUUUGCUCAAGGCCUUCAGUUGAGACAAAGCGACAUGAUUGAAGAUGGCAUUGCUGGAAGCUCACGCACACUCAGCAGCAUGACCAAAAAGGUUCGAGCUAUUUGUAAAGAUUCUAUAAAGCUGUAUGCCAGAAGGAAGGGCCUAACAAUAGGACACCCCAGGGAGUUCGUUAUGAUUGAUGAAAGCAACUUUCGUCACAAGCGAAAGUAUGGACGUGGAAGGUUCGCAAAGACUUGGCGUAGAAGAAAGUGGGUCUUUGGGAUGCUGGGGGUUGCACCAGGAAGUAGCAAGCCCAUUCUAAAACUUGUUCAUCGAAGGUCCCGAAAUCACCUUAUCCCACUUAUUGUACGACAUGUGCAUCCUGGAAGUUCCAUACUUAGUGAUGAAUGGCGUGCUUACAGAGGGGUACUAACCAAUCUUGGCUAUAAUCACUUUCCUGUGAAGCAUAAUCAGUGUUUUGUAGAUCCAAGAACAGGCAACCAUACACAGAAUCUGGAAAGAGCAUGGUUAACUUUCAAAGGAAAAAUAUGGCGUCUUAGAGGAAAUAGGACAGAGGACCUACUAAAACAACAUCUAAAGCUGAUAGAGUGGACUUACUGGCUUGCUAACUGGCACAGAAAUGGUCCUCUUGGAAGACUGUUGAAGGACAUUCAUCGAAAAUAUCACCUUUAA